AUGUCCAAGAAUAAGGACCCCAACUCGCUAAUCAACCUUCAGCGAGAAUACAUCCUCGACCAGCUCAAACUGGUGCAAGAACCAGGUCAAUUGUACAACUUGAUCCUUGACGAUACCACAGAGACUGUCAUCAACCAGGUGCUCCUGAAGGAAGCCUUGCUCAGAGUCGUCACUUCCAUAGAAAAGAUUGAUGCCAAACGUCGUCAAAACACAUACUUAAGAGCCAUCUACUUUGUCGAUUCUACCAUCUACAACUACAAGUGCAUACUUGCUGAUGUCCAAACCAAUCGUUACAAGGGAGGUAUAGGCCUUUUCCUUCCGUCUCUUCCUAACAAUACCAGGGUAAGAAGCUUCUACGAGACAAAGUUCAUCAACAAUCCCCGAGUCAGUGCCUAUUUCGACAACACUGCUUCCAUCAAAUACAUCGAGGCAAACUUCUAUCCAGUGGAAACGAGGGUAUUUCUCACUGAUAGCAAUACCCCCAACUCGAUGCCUAUUUACUACAACGAAAACUGCAUGGAUUAUGUGCUUGAUCAGAUUAAAGCCUCAGCUAGAGCCUUAGUGAACUUGAUGGUGUUGACGGGAGAGUAUCCCCUAGUUCGAUUCUACUGUCCUCAGGAUGCUACCCAUGCGGCUUCGAGAUUACCAGAAUUGCUUGCGGAUGAGUUUCAGCGCCAAAUUGACGAUUACGCCAGGUUGAAUCACGACUAUCCUCCUCAAGGUAACCCAGAUAAACCUCGGUCGAUUCUAUUGAUAACUGACCGAACGAUGGAUCUCUACGCUCCUUUGCUCCACGAGUUCACCUACCAAGCUAUGGCUAUGGAUAUCGUGUAUAGUUUGGAAAGAUCAGGCAAGUACAACUACAAGUCUGAAAAUGAAAAGGGGGAAAUUCAGGAAGUAGAAGCGGAGCUUGAAGAUGAAGAUGACGAAGACUGGGUCAAUUUGAGACAUUUGCAUAUAAUCGAGAGUUCAGAAUUGAUCUUCAACAAGAUCCAGGACAUGAUCAAGAACAACCCCCUUAUGAUAGACAGAUCUAAAGCCCAGACACUGGGAGACUUGAUGUAUAUAGUGGCUCAUUUGAAGGGAUUUGACGAGGAAAGAAGACAUAUGACAUUACACAAGACCUUGAUAGACGAGUGUCUCGAUAUCAAUGCUCUGCGUAAGCUUGCUGAGUUUGCCGCUGAUUUCGAACAGACAUGCGCUGCAGGUGGAACCAGUUUCGAAGGGGAAAGGAACAAAAAUUUGCAUGAUGAUUUAAUUGUACUAUUAGCCAGAGAUGAUUUACAUAUCAACGACAAAAUGAGGUUGGUGUUGAUCUACGGCUUGUAUCGGGGUGGGUUGAUUGAGGCCGACUUUAAGAAACUUGUCAAGUUUAUCGGAGUCAACGACAGGCAGAUCAUUUCUUUGAUCUCACGUUGUUUCACAAACUUGCACAAGUUGGAUUUCCCUGUAGUGAAACUGGAUGUCAAAGACAAGAAAGUAGUCAAGGAGAUGUUUCACACUAUCAACAACGAAGGAACUUACAAUACUUCGAGAUUUUCUCCAGGUGUAAAACGAGUAAUGCAGAACGCUGCCAAAUACCAGUUGGAUGAAGACUGGUUUCCGUACUUUAGAGACAAGCCUUUGGAAGAAGAUAUCCCAAACGGCGAUUCAAGAAUGUCUCCAUCCACAAGUGGAUUGCACUCGAAUGGAGGCUCGUUGAGAAAUGUCAGAAUCAAGGCAUCUUGGGCCCAGACAUCAGCAAGAGCCGGUAGUCAAAUUGGUAGACCUAAGCAGCGCAUCUUUUGUUUUGUGGCUGGUGGAAUCACAUAUUCAGAGAUGAGAUCUAUAUAUGAGUUGUCCAACAGCUUGAAUAAGGAUUUUUACAUUGGCUCAGAGUCGAUCUUGAAACCAAGAGACUUCUUGAUUGGCUUGCAGGGGAUCGAUAAGGCCAAGUCGUUAGCUGAUUUGGAUUUACACAUUGCCAAGCCUAAGCCUACUGACCCACCCAUGUACUUGUUUGAUGAUGGUCGUCCCAAACCCAUUCCAGCACAGGCUGGAGGAGGCAGUAACGGUAACGGACCAGUCCCUAGUCAUUACCAGAAGAGGGCGUCCGUGGGUUCGACAGAGGUUCCGGACAAGACUAAAGAAAAAAAGAGACUGAAGUUGAAGAACUUGUUCAAAUAA